AUGGGGCGCGGGUGGGCGGGGCGCGAGGGUUCUAGCAGCUUCCAGAGGGCGGCGCGUUGUCGGCGGGAGCGGAGCCGAGCCGGGGUGCCAUGGAGGAGGCGCAGGAGCUGAAGGAGCGGGGGAACCGGGCGCUGGCGGCGGGGGACGUGGCGGGGGCCCUGCGCCAUUACACGGCCGCCAUCGCCCUCGACGGCCGCAACCACGUCCUCUUCAGCAACCGCUCGGCCGCCUACGCCCGCCAGGGCGACUACGCCCGCGCCCUGGCCGACGCCUGCCGCACCCUCGAGCUGCGCCCCGACUGGGCCAAGGGGUACUCGCGCAAGGCGGCCGCGCUGGAGUUCCUGCACCGCUUCGAGGAGGCCAAGGCGGCGUACGAGGAGGGGCUCAAGCACGAGCCGGGCAACGCGCAGCUGAAGGAGGGGCUGCGGGGCGUGGAGGCGCGGCUGGCCGAGCGGAAGCUGCUGAACCCCUUCAGCGUGCCGGACCUGUACGGGCGGCUGGAGGGGGACCCCCGAACCCGGGCACUGCUGGGGGACCCCGAGUACCGGCAGCUGCUGGAGCAGCUGCGCAGCCACCCGGCCCAGCUGGGCACGAAGCUGCAGGACCCCCGGGUGAUGACGACCCUGAGUGUGCUGCUGGGGGUGGACCUGAGCGGGGCCGAGGAAGAGGAGGAGGCCCCUUCCCCACCUCCCCCGCCCCCUCCCCAGCCCCCCGCCCAGCCCCCCCCACCCCAGGAGCUCCCUGAAAACAAGAAGGAGGCCCAGCGGGAGAAGGAACUGGGCAACGCCGCCUACAAGCGGAAGGAGUUCCCCACCGCCCUGGCUCACUACACCCGCGCCGAGGAGCUGGACCCCACCAACAUGACCUACGUCACCAACCAAGCGGCCGUAUACUUCGAGACGGGCGACUACAACCGCUGCCGGGAGCUGUGUGAGAAGGCCAUCGAGGUGGGGCGGGAGAACCGGGAGGACUACAGGCAGAUUGCUAAGGCGUACGCUCGCAUCGGGAACUCGUACCUGCGGGAGGAGCGGUACAAAGAGGCCGUCAACUUCUACAACAAGUCCUUAGCCGAGCACCGCACGCCCGACGUGCUCAAGAAGUGCCAGCAGGCAGAGAAGAUCCUGAAGGAGCAGGAGCGGUUGGCGUACAUCGACCCCGACCUGGCGCUGGAGGAGAAGAAUAAAGGCAACGAGUGCUUUCAGCGAGGGGACUACCCCCAGGCCAUGAAGCACUACAGCGAGGCCAUUCGCCGCAACCCCCACGAGGCUCGGCUCUACAGCAACCGCGCCGCCUGCUACACCAAGCUGCUGGAGUUCCCUCUGGCCCUCAAGGACUGCGAGGAGUGCAUCCGCCUGGAGCCCUCCUUCAUCAAGGGCUACACGCGGAAGGCGGCGGCGCUGGAGGCCAUGAAGGAUUACAGCAAAGCCAUGGACGUCUACCAGCGGGCCCUGGACCUCGACCCCGCCUGUAAGGAGGCGGGGGAGGGCUACCAGCGCUGCCUGCUGGCCCAGUACAACCGGCAGGACACCCCCGAGGAGGUGAAGCGCCGCGCCAUGGCCGACCCCGAGGUGCAGCAGAUCAUGAGCGACCCCGCCAUGCGCCUCAUCCUCGAGCAGAUGCAGAAGGACCCCCAGGCCCUCAGCGAGCACCUGAAGAACCCCGUCAUCGCCCAGAAGAUCCAGAAGCUGAUGGAUGUGGGGCUCAUCGCCAUCCGGUGACGUCCCCCCCCCCCGGGGACCCCCCCGACCCCCCCGGGAUGCGGCUGUGGGGGGUCCCGGGGGGGUCGGGGGGUGCUGCCCCUCCCACCCCCCCCAUCCUGUGCUGGUUGUGGGGCGCCGCGGCCCCCAAUAAAGAGCGGAGCAGUU